ACUUUCAGGGGAUCUCAUCUAUUUCUGAUACAUUUACUGCCUAAUUAUUACAAUUAAUAUCAUUUGAGAAGUCGUGCCAUUGCAGCUUAAUUAUGGCGUUCAAGAAAGUAUCGCAUGUGUUGUUUGAUUUAGAUGGUCUGCUAAUAGAUUCUGAAAUUUUGUACACGCAAGCAUUUACCACUGUUUGCGCUAAAUUUGGCAAAGAAUUCACGUGGGAUCUGAAGUCGAGCCUGCUGGGCUUCCAAGGCCACGAAUGCGCGGAGAAAAUAAUUACAACUCUGGAGCUACCACUUUCUGUGCAAGAGUUCAUUAAAUUAUGUCAAAAGGAAUAUGAGGUACUGUUCCCCAAAGUCCAGUCCAUGCCAGGUGCACAGAGACUAGUAGAGCACUUACACUCCAAGGGUAUUCCUAUAGCAAUGGCCACUAGCUCUGCUCAAGACAGUGUGGACAUGAAAAUGAGGAACUUUCAGGAGUUUGUGGGUCUGUUUCACCACCUCACCAUGGGCUCAACGGACCCUGAAGUUACCAAGGGCAAGCCAGACCCAGCCAUUUUCUUAGUGUGUGCCUCCAGGUUUCCUGAUAAACCUAAACCGGAAGAUUGUCUUGUAUUUGAAGAUGCAGUUAAUGGAGUAAAGGCGGCAAAUGCAGCAAAUAUGCAAGUAGUAGCAGUACCUGACCCUCGCAUAGAUCCCGCCUUACUAAGUACUGCCACUUUAGUCUUGAAUUCAUUAGAAGAAUUUAAGCCAGAGCUAUUUGGUCUUCCAGCUUUUGAUUAAGAGCUUUAAAAAUGUGAGAUAGUUGAAAUAUUUUUGUUGCUUAAAAUGUUGUUGUACUUGUUUUGAUAGAUGGUUGUUAAAACUAAUAGAUUUUAUUUAUAAAUGUGUAGCACAACAUUAAGGUUGGCAUCAUUGUUACUGAACCAAUUAAUUCUACUACUGUAAAUGUCCAAAGUAUUUAUUAAGAAAUCAUAUUAACUCAUCUAGUCGAAUAUUAGUACUUAAGUUAUUACAAGUACACACUACUUAAUAGUAACUGUCAUAUCAUCAUAUAGAACUAGAAGUGUG